UCUCCUCUUGCACUGCAUAAUGCAAAUAGUCCAUGGUCAAACUUGCAACUUCUCCCCACCUAAUCUAUCAUUCAUCCACCUCCUUCUCCUCUUCCAUUCCCAUGUAGCUUUGAUUCUUUCUCUCUAACAUGGGUCUGAACUACAGAAAUUUGUUCCCAGGAACACCAUCAAACUGUCUACAAGACUGUUCUUAUGAUGAUAAAUCAUCAUGUUGUGAUCCUUCUAAUUUGCUCCCUCCAACUCCUCCUAUCUACUCAGAUAAUGAUUUGAGCCAAAGUCCCAGCAAACACAUCAAAGCUGAAUACUUGAUCAUAAGUUUCUCCAUUGUUGCAACCGCUUUCAUUGCCCUCUUCUGCUACGCCAUCUACGUCAAGUUCUUCUCCCCUCGGAACACCUCAAUUAUCAGAAGAAGAAGAAGAACAACAACAACAACCUUGUCACAGCCACAAACAGAACAAUAUUUCUUGGACGAGGAAGAACAUGGUCCUGUCGUUGACCAUCCCAUCUGGUACAUCCGCACCACCGGUCUCCAACAAGCAGUCAUCACCGCCAUCACCGUCUGCAAGUACAAAAAAGACGAAGGCUUGAUCGAAGGUACAGAAUGUUCAGUUUGCCUCAGCGAGUUUCAAGAGGACGAAAGUCUCAGGCUUUUACCAAAGUGUAACCACGCUUUUCACUUACCUUGCAUUGACACGUGGCUUAGAUCUCACACCAAUUGCCCCAUGUGUCGUGCUCCUAUUGUCACUGACCCAACAAGGGUUCCUUCUUCCAUGGACCCUACUGCGUUUGAAACAAGUUCUUUUGUGGAAGAGAUUUUUGAAAAUAGUGCGGAGAAUACUCAAAAUAGUAGUGAUGAUUUGUUGAGGGGUGAGGAAGAGGAAAGAGUGCAAGAAGAUGAAGCGUGUGAAGAGAACUUGGCUUCUGAAGUUGUGGUGACUGUGCAGCAGCCGAGAAGAUCGGUGUCUCUGGAUUCUUCUUCUGCUGCUAAGAUCAGUCUUGCUCUUGCUACUGUUGUGUCAGGGGAAUCUCACGGGGAUCAUUCAAAGAGGGUUGGUGGGAAUGGGAAUUUGGCUACUAAAGGUGGUUCUAGUUCUUGUUCUUCGACUAGUUCAGUGAAAAGGUCGCUAUCAUUCAAUGCCAAACACUUACUAUCAUGGUAUAGCCGAAGUCAGAGAAAGCCAAAUGCUCCUUUGAGAAGCUUCUGAUUGAAUCAGGUUUGUUCUUCGAGAAAUUAUUAGGUAGUCCAAGAGAUAGUUACAAAUCUAUAGUCUCGAUCAAUCUCUUUGUAAUAUAUAGUCAAGUUUUUUUCCAAUUAAUAAUACUCAAAUAUGUCAUAUAGAGAUUAAGUGAGUUUCAGGAUGAUCUUGGACUACUUAAUAAUUUCUCUGGUUCUUGCCAAUUAGAGUGUGUUUCUUACUCUCAACAAGGUGAGGGUUUGAAGGGUUUAUGUGUGAAUUAAUGAAGUAGGUCAUGUGAUGAUCAAGUGUAUAAAGUAUAAUAGUAAAGCAAAAAAGUUAUGAAUGAAUAGAAGGUUGUUAUCCUUGCCAUGGUUGGCUGAUCAUAAGGUACCACGCAUGAUGUAUGUUCUGGUGUUUUAGAGCCAACCAUCGAAUUUAUGUAGAUCUUUUUCUCAUCCAAUGUGAUGCAUGGAUGCUGAAAUUAAA